AUGGCUCGUAAUUUUAAGAAGGCCCUUCUUUAUGAGGCUUUACAGCUCUCUUUGGCUGCGCUAGGCGCCGCCCAUUGUCUUGUCGAUAGCAUUACCCACCGUUACCAGCCAGUGCCAUCCUCGGUGCCACCACCACAACUCAAGGAUGGCUACGCAGUUCAAUACUUUGGCGAUGGAGCAUAUCUCAUCACUGAUGGAAGUGGCUACAUAAGCCUUUUCGUCGCAACAACUGUGGGGGGCAUCCUCGUCGACGCCCCCCCCUACAAUUGGCCACAAGCUUCACAUAACGUGAAGACAAUUGCACACGAAUUCACAAAGGAAGAAUUGAUUAUAGCCAAGGACCCAAAUCGGCCUCCUCCCGAUGUCACGUUUACCGGAGAUUAUACCCUUCGUCUUGGUAACCAAACACUGGAGCUUUCAUGGAAGGGAUUGGGUCCAAUCCAUGACCCGGGAAAUAUCUUCAUCUGGGCGCCUCGACAAAAGAUUCUCAUGCUCGUCGACAUGGUAUUUCCGGGCUGGGUGCCGUUCUGGGGAAUGGCUCUUACGCAGUCCACGCGGGAUUACCUUUCAAUCCACGAUCAAAUUCUAGCGUAUCCAUUCGAUCACUAUAUUGGAGGCCAUGGAAAGAGCGGCGACCGAACAGAUGUUACCAAUAAUCGCGAUUACAUUGCGGAUGUAUUGGCAAACUGUCGCACUGCUAUAUUGGCAAACUGUCGCACUGCUAUAUUGGCAAGUGCCACCAACAAUACUGAAGUCGGAGUAAGCCAAAUUGUGCCUCCGUUCUUGACUGUAAACCCCAACAAUGCGUGGGGAGAGUUCAUGCUCUACUAUACCAGAGUUGCAGAACUCUGCUACAAUUUGACAACCCCGCAAUGGGAAAAUAAACUAGCUGGGCAAGACGUGUUUAGCUUUAGCCAUGCGUUCAAAGCUGUUGGCGAUAUGAGCCUAGAAUAUGGUGUUCUUGGUCCAUUCGGUGUCAUCUAG